UGCCUUGACAUGACACCGGGCUGGGUUGUAUGGGAUGUCGUUGCUGUCUUGGUAGCGCAUAUCAUCCCCUUUUAUCCUCAGACAUCUUUGGUUCAGACCCUCUAGAAGUUCAUUUUUCUCUUCUCUUUACAUCACUCUACCAAAUCUAGUCAACUUAUUUGUUGUGCCAAAUUAAAGCGCGAAUCAUCUUGAUUUAAUAAAACCCUCUUUACCUUCAUCACUAAGCUACAAUGGAUUUCGGUGUGGGGAACUUAGGGGAAACCUCUGAUAGCAGGGGAUCAGGUACUGCAGAUCUCAAAGGCAUCGCCGAGAUGCCCGCAGACGCAGAGGCUCAGAGACCCACAUGGAGCGGGCGGCUGGAGUUCAUCCUGGCCACGGUGGGUUACGCCGUGGGACUCGGUAAUGUCUGGAGAUUCCCGUACCUGUGCUACAACAGCGGUGGAGGUGCCUUCCUGAUUCCUUAUCUUACCAUGGUGCUCGUGUGUGGCAUUCCUCUUCUCUUCAUGGAGUUUACUGUUGGGCAGUAUACUCGUUUAGGGCCGGUGCAUGCUUUUGCCAAAAUCUGUCCCUUGUUGAAAGGUGUUGGUCUGGCCACAGUUGUUAUCUCCUUCGUUUUCUGCACAUAUUACAAUGUGCUCAUGAGCUGGGCACUUUACUAUUUAUUCAACUCCUUUGGAAUGGAGACCCUGCCUUGGAAGUCCUGCAACAACACUUGGAAUGCUGUUGGAAACUGUUCGAGCGGCUUUCCUGGCAAUGAUACCCACCUGCAGUCUGCUAGCCAACAGUUCUUUGAUAACAGACUUCUGGAAAAGACUCGCGGUAUUGAAGAUUUAGGUGGUCUUCGCUGGGAACUCUUUGGGUGUCUUGUCUUGGUCUGGGUUAUUGUGUACUUAUGUAUAUUUAAAGGAGUCAAAUCCACAGGAAAGGUAGUAUAUUUCACUGCUGUGUUUCCAUACUUCAUCCUGUUUGCCCUCCUCAUCAACAAUGUGCAGCUUCCUGGAGCCAAGAAUGGUAUCCUCUAUUUUGUGACACCGGUAUGGAGCAAACUGUUUGAAGUGAAGGUUUGGCUUAAUGCAGCUGCCCAGGUGUUUAACUCACUCGGAAUAGCAUUUGGCUCGAUGAUUUCAAUGGCAAGUUACAACAAGUUCAACAACAACAUUCUCAGGGAUGCAUUGAUUGUAUCAGUGGCCAACUCUUUCACUAGUAUCCUGGCUGGCUUCGUGAUCUUCUCAGCUGUCGGUUACAUGUCUCAUAUACAUAACCUCCCUGUGGACAACAUAGCUACAGAUGGUCCUGGUUUGGUGUUUGUUGUGUACCCUGAAGUCCUUUCAACCAUGCCAGCCUUUCAGCUAUGGGCUCCACUUUUCUUUAUCAUGCUGUUGUGUCUGGGCUUGGACAGUCAGUUUGCCACAGUUGAGGUAGCUGUGACUUACAUAAAGGAUGAAUUUGGAGCCAAAGUUCUGCCUUUCCUGAAGAGAGAAGAGCUGCUGGUCCUGACUGUGUGCUUUGUUUGCUUUGCACUGGGGAUUCCACACAUUACUAAGGGAGGUAUCUACGUGUUUCAGCUGAUGGACCACUACACUGCUGUAGUUUCUCUCGUGUUCCUGGCUUUCUUUGAGGUUGUUGCCGUCUGUUGGAUCUUUGGUGUCCCACGUAUCUCCUUAAUGAUCAGGAGGAUGUUAGGAAAAAGUCCAAACAUCUACUUCCGAGUCUGUUGGCUGCUGCUCUGCCCCAUGUUGGUGCUGUGCAUACUGGUUUCCAGCAUUAUUCAGUAUACUCCUCCUCACUAUGGGAAGUACGAAUACCCAGUGUGGGCUGAAUGGGUGGGCUGGGGCGUCUCUUUGGUCUCUAUAGUAUGGAUCCCCUUUGGUGCAAUACAAGAGAUCUAUAACAAUAAAGGAUCUCUUCUUCAGAGACUGAAAACAGCGAUGACUCCGACAAUAGACCUGGAUGUUAUGGCUCACCUGCCGGAAAAACAAAACCUUGACAACCUGAUGUCUGAAAAAUUGCUCAGUUCGGUGCCACCUGUGACACAGUGACCACAUACGAGGCCUGGAGUAAGCAGACUUUUGGCCAUUUCUAUCAUAAUCCCAGUUACAUCCAAAGAGCUGUUGUUAUCUCAAACUCUGCGUUUAUACUUUAACAACUAAAGCCACUUAGCCUGCAGGCAACUUCAAAACCAUACAGUAAGUCACCCGUUGCACCUUUUACAAAGAAUGGAACUAAAAUCUGUGGCUUUGUUCACCAACUGAAUUUUAAAUUUAUUUUAUUUUGGGUAGGAGUGACUGAGGAGCGAGUAAUUGUUUAAAACGAUUGGUUCAUUAUGCUGUGAGGUUCAUUGUAUACAUCGCUGAGUCUGUGGGGUUAAAGAGUGUAUAAUGGAUCUAUGGCGGAGGUAGUCACAAGCCUUUUAGGUCACUACAUUUAUGAGUUGAAUAAUUAAAACUUAAUUUUAAAUCAACAAAAGAAAUGGGUUUGAAAAGGCUUGGUCCAAUGAACAGGAAGCAGACAUAUUCUUUCUAUUGACAGAAGAUAAAUAUGAAAGCAGAAAAAUACAGGUUCUAUAGAUAAUGUGUUUGCUAGUUUGUUUUUGUUUAAGCUGAAGAUUCAUUCAAACUUAUUUUAGUUUCUUAUUGAUAUUUAAAAUUGCAUCCACUUGGUAAGCUGGCUUAGUGUAACAUACUGUAUAAACUAGGGUAAAAAUAAAGUAAUUUGAGGAUUGUUGUGAUUGGAUAAAUAAUUAGACCAUGACACGGUCAUAAAUGUGACCUAUAUAUUGUAUUCAGUCUCUGCACUGGGCCAUAAGCUUUUCCUGAGCUUGAAUAAAUGAAAGAGACAGACAUUUAUACUUGACACUUUCUGUAACUUUCCAAUACUUGAAAUCAAGUCACAUAAUACCAAAGAUCACGACCAUGAAUAAGAGGAGGAGUUGUCUGUUUUCAGGAGAUCUAAAUGUGUUUUUGCACUAAGGUUACCUGCAAAUCCUCAGAAAAACUCAUCUGACCAUCGCAAGUGUUUACUUUUUUAAAAUAGAAGAGAGAGAAAGUGACAGAUGUGAUCUGGUCAAUGGGUUAGCAGGUUACACCUGGGCAUCCUAUGGUCCACAGGCCAAAAUUGACCCCUCGGUUCUCCCUGUCGAGCCUGUGUGAGUUUAAUGAGAAUUUAAUGAGAAUUUAGGCUUCAAAGGUGAAAACGUAUAAAUGAUGCAGUUUGUCCCAUUUCAGUCAGCAAGCAGGGAAUGGCUUUCUUAUACAAAUUGCAAAUACAAGCACGUGACUGAUGCAGAGCAGGAACAGACAUCUGAACCUUUAAGCAAAGUUUGGAGAGUUGCUGUGCUAAUAUUCCCUGAUUAAAAAAAAUGAAGCAGACCUAAAUGCAAGAUGCAGGAUGCAGGAGUCAAACUUAAAAAUGAGUAUUUAAUGCAGAUUGAUCAGGAAAAUGUACAAAGUCAAAAACUCCAAAGAGGCAAAAGGCUAGAAAUACACAGAGCGAGGGAACACACUGCUCACACAGAUAACAUGACAUAGGAAGACGGAAAAAAUAUAUAGAGAAGGUAAUGACGGAAGUGGAAACAGGUUGGGAGCAGAGCUGAUGACAGCGUAACAAGACUUGAGGGAAGAUACAAUUAAUAUAAGACAGAGAGCAAUAGCUACCAAAAUAAAACAGGAAGUAAGACACACUGAACAGAGAAAGAUUAACUUGACACAAGAGACACUGAAGGACAACAAAAGGGAGCUAACGAAAUUCCUGAAAGUCACAGUAACUAAAUCUAAGAACUAAAGACACCGAUAACAAGACUGCCACCUAACCAGAAGGUUCAAGGAAAUCUGGAGCUUCAGUUGAAAAACAAAAUGGAAAAUGCUGACCUUUUCUUCUUCUCUCUGGAAAAGAGCUGUGAUGUCUGUGAUAAAGCCAUAUUACUCAUCUUUGUAUGUGGGAUAGCAAAAAAAUUUGGGGAACUGGCAGCAAUGCACUGAAUGAAAGGGACUAUGACAGGGACACAUGGAGUAAUGGAGGUAACUCCAUGCUUGGAUAGGCUGGGGCUGAGGUGGGACAAAAUGCCAAAGUCUCUCUCUGAUGUAACAUAAAGUGAGUGAAAUGAACCGAAACAGGUAUUUUUGCAGUGUGUUAUAUACUGCAAAAAUAUCAAUUUGGUGGUAUUUUGCACCACCAUAUUUUGGUGAGCACUGACUUGCACAACAUCAAGAGGUGUUGCUAAAAAUUAACCAUGUUGUUGAUAUUUUAACUCAAAUAGUUAACUUCAUCAGGGCAGCAGCACUGAAUCACAGACAGUUUGUUGCACUAUUGGAGGAGCAGUGACAUAGGCUACCACAGCUGUCAGGUGACUCAGCCGGGGCAAAGUGCUAAAACAAAUGUGGGACCUAUUUUAGUUUUAUGAGAAGAAAGGCAAGGGGCGUUUCCAGAGCUCUCAGAUGCAGGUCUUGCAUUUGGCAUUGAAGAGGCAGUCCUUCACAUUUAAAAUAAAAAAAUUGCGAUGAGAAAGCAGCAGAAAAAGCACAUGCAGAGGAAUUCACAGCACUGAAGAGGCCAGUCACAAUAGCUGUGUUGAUGUCAAGUGUAGUUACAUUUCCAGGGAGGCACACGUAAAGUUAUGGGGUUAGUGUUUCAGAGGGGUUUGUAGACAGAAGUCUAAAUCAACUGUCAGCUAUGACCCUGACUUUAAUGCACUUGUUCAAGACCAGAUUAAUCUUACUGAUCAAGAAAAGGGAAGAUGAAAUGAUUAAAUUACAAGCAAAAUAGAAAUAGCACUCUGUUUGAAGUGGAAAUUUAGCAGAAACGUGCCAUUUUUUUAAUGAUUUUGAAGUGGCCAUCAAAGGCAUUCCCACUUUCUUCUGUAGCCCCUUGAGAAAAUUUACUGCCUACCUCUGCUAUAAAGGAUAGGCUGGUCUAACCAUGAGCGGAAGGUUUGAAUAUAUUUUUAACCAAACUGAAGCUGGCAACCCACAAGAGUUUAGACAUUAUAAGUGGGGCCUUUGAUCUAGUGCUUUAAACAGAAUCUAGGUAAUAAGUGUAUAUUAACUUCAGUGGGUCAGCACUUAUUUGGUAACUCAAGUUUUCUUUGUGUUUUGACCCCAAACCAGCUGAUAAUUUAUUAAUUUUACUUCAAUUUUUUUCUUGAAGGAGAAGCCAAAAAUUUCCGUUUACUAGAAAUGUAUCUUUAAUCUUUAUCUCUAAGAUUGAACUGUAGUGGAAAGUACAGUUUUUAAUGUCUGACCCAGCGUCUCUAGAGCACAGUCUAAAUUGAACAGAUUAACAUGGUUGAGUCAGUGCUGGAACUUUAAGCUUUGAUUUAACUCUUAACUCAUGACCUUAUGUCUAGUCCUGUGUUCUGGAGACUUUCUGUGCUAAAAAUAGUUUGGUUUGUCAGUUAUCAUGUUCAUUUUUUGGUCCUCAUUUUUUAAAAUUGGGAAAACAGUUUUUAAAAAUGAAAUAAAUAAAUAAAUGACAACAACACUGAUAAUGACUGAGAUGUCACAGGAUUCAUAUUUUUUGUCUUUUUUUGUAAGUAAAUCACGUAUCAGCAUUGCACUGAUGCCGUCAUAUGAGAUUGGCUAAAAGCUUGUGCUCUACAGUAGAGGCCUGAAUGUCUGAAUUUUGAAGUAGUUUUUCAAAGAGUGCCUUUUUAGACCAAAUCCAUAACGAUGACAGACCAUCUGAACUGCAAUUAAACUGAUACAAAGAAGAUGAUAAGACUUUUAUUCAAUAGUUUAAUACAUUUUACACCCUGUCUUAAGUUUGGUAACUUGAUGUCACUUUAUGUGCCUUCCAUGAUUUUUAUUUUAUUUUCAUGUAGCACAUAUUUAUUGUCAACCAAAAUGUUUAACGAAAAUGUUUUUAUAAAGCAUUGCUGUUUAAUUGUACAAGAACAAUUUAGGACAUGAUUUACAACACAGGAGGUUAAUGUUUACAGUUUUUAUUAAUUGGAAUUUUAAUAUGAACCGCAUAAAAAUCGCAAAAUUCUUUCAAUGUAAUAACUUAAAAAUAUUGAUAAUAACAAUUGAUUGAUAUAUAUAUAUUGAUAUAUAUCAGGUUUCAUUCUUAUGAAUUAAUUAAUUAAUUAAAGAGUGUAUGUUUUUUUUUAUCCCACUGUUUUUAAAAUCAUAUUUGUACUAGGUGGUGAUUUGGGGGUGUUUAACGUUUUCUAAAAUAAAAGCUGUCUGUG